UUAAAAUUUAUUCACAAGAUGGCGCUGUCGUUGCUUUCAAAUCCAAAUCGGCCACCAUUGUGAAGGCGAAUCUAUCACUUACUUGAAUUAUUUCAGUGAUUUUAGUUGUAUUUACAGCAGAAACUUGACUUUAAACUGCUUUGAUUAAAGUCACUAUCUUAUUGUUGAGCAAAUGCUAGCCUAUAUUUUACCGGGAAGUGUUUAUUUUCAAAAUCAAAAUGCGUUCAAAAUGUCACGCGAAGUGAGCAUCGGAAUCGUGAACACCAUACCAUGCACUAAAUAAAUUUCGUUUUCUUUAAACUGUAUGUAUGUUGAGUGUAAAAAAGUAGCUAUCGCUAUCCGUGAUUCAUACGGCAUGUUAAGUGUGAACGAAGUUUGGGAUUGCACACAUGAGAUUGUUUCAGAAGUUUCUGUACACGUCGUAAGCGAUCUGAGUUACGCGGGCGAAGGCUUCAAAGUUGCCGGCAUCAUUAUGGUGGACUGAGACAGUGUCUGUUGACGACAUAGUGCUGAAUAGGAAUUGUCGAAAUCGGAGCGACUGCCCCGUGCAUCAUGUCUGGCGGAUCGCAACACAACCCGAAUGGUCGGCAAUCACAAUUGGGCCCCGGUUGGAGCCCCCUUCAGGUGUUGCAGAUGGCGAAUCUCCUAGCGAGAGCCCCUCAGGCGCACAUGGCGUCUGAUCGUGGAGUGACGUGGCACACACCGACGCCACCACCACACCUGUACCAUGUGCCGGCGCCUUCGCCCCCUGAUCCGCUACAGGCCAUGAAGAAUGCGGGCAGCAACUCUGUAUUCCGACACACAGCUACCCCUCCGGAGAUGUUCAGACACACACCAACCCCACCAGAUAAACAUCUCAUUAGACAUACUCCUUCUCCGGGCGACGUGAAGACGGGAGUCGCCUUACCUCCAGUAGAAUUGUACUCGCACCUGGGUCCAGCUAGAGAUAAGGUAGUCCGGGCAGAAGAUUUACUGGCAUACGCCCGUGUGGGCGUGGACCUGUCCGUGGCGGGCGCGCGGGCCAACGGCGGCGGCGCGCUGUCCGUGCGGGACGCGCCCACCAUCAACAGCCUGGUGGGGCGCGGCGCCGCCCGCCCGCCGCACGCGCGCGUCGACGCGCUGCUCGAGCGCCUCGCGCCCGCCUCCCCGCACUCCGUCAUCGUGCACUCCAGGGUCGCGCCCACGCCCUCGCCGCCCUCCUCCGACGAGGAUUCUGCAGAUUCGUGCGGUGCUCCACCUGGCUCCAAAAGAAAACGGAAACCGGAACGCACGAUCCGCGUCCCGGUGGUUCCCCCUCCUCCUGCGCCCCCUGCGCCUGCUGAGCCCCCUCGUGCCGCGCCGCCCCUACAGAACGGCGACGUGGAGCGCGCCCACGACGUGGCGCCCGACAAACCCCCCUCCCCGCCACCCCCCGACCCACAUGCGAGAAGAAAAACGCGCUCAGGAUCCGCAGAGACGAUCGACGACAUAGCGGCAAUGAUCGCGAGUACGGAUCGAACGGCAGAGCCAGAGCCUGAGCCGCCGGCGCCCCCCGAGCCGGAGCCAGUCGUCACUGUCGACAAACUCGAGAGCAUCCUCGCGAGUCCUGAACCAGAUAAGCCCUGCGAGCUGGAACCUGAACCUGAGCCGGAGCCUGCCCCCUGUGUCCCGGCCGCCCCUCGCCGCCGUAGCCUACGCACCUCUAACCCUGACGCCCCUAACGUGCCCGUUGAGUCACCCUCCGAGGCCAAGCCUGCCGAGCCCGACGCCACGGAGGCCCGCAGCGCCGAGCCCACCGCCUCCACGUACGUCGAUGUAGAAAAUCAACUCGAAAAAAUGUUCGCCGGACUAGAUGGGAACAAAUCUGAUCCCGACUCGACGCGACCCGCUGAGCCUAAUCAAGACAUCCCUGCGACGCCCGCUGUUGCCAAAAAACGACGCAAGUCUGCGCCUGCGCGGGGGGAGCGGCGGGCGGCCGCGCGGAGCGACGAGGGGUGCCGGCGGAAGGGGCCGCGGAAGAAAAGCGAAUCGAGUCGUGCACGGAAAAGCAAAGACAUCACCGUCAGGGACGCGUAUGACUCCGGCAGCAACGCCAGCUCAAGUCGAUCCAGAGGGCCCUACAUUCAGAUCCGCGGGCCGCGCUCCACGGCGGGUCGCUCGGAGGAGGAGCGGCGCGCGGCGCGGGGGGCGGCGCGGGGCGCGGCGCGCGGGCUGCACGCCAGCACGCUGGGCCCGCGCUACGACGCCGCCACGCCCGACGCGACCUGGGUGUGCGCCUUCUGCCAGCGGCGCCCGCACGACGCCGCGCUCGGGGACCUCUUCGGGCCCUACGCUAUGGACGACGACUGCGACGAUUACAGAAAUUCGGAGAGUGAAUCUCGAGUGAGUGAGUGGGCGUGGUUCCACGAGGAGUGCGGCGUGUGGGCGCCGGGCGUGGUGGCGGCGGGCGCGCGCGUGUGGGGGCUGGGCGGCGCCGUGCGCGCGGCGCGGGCGGUGCGCUGCAGGGUGUGCGCGGGGGGCGGCGCGCACGUGGCCUGCGCGCUGCGCACGUGCUCCCGCCGCGCACACGUGCCCUGCGCGCGCUCCGCCGCCUGGACGCUGCGGGACCAACACUUCCGCGCGUACUGCCCCGAGCACGCGCCCGCCACGCCCGAUGACUCGCCGAAUUGAACGAUUACUUUUGUAUCAUGAAAACAUUCAGUUAUUGUGACAUGUGUGAGACAAAAUGAUAUAGUGACUGAGCUAUGUGAACUACUUGUUUCUCUCACUAAAUUUUCAUAAUGAAAAAGGAACUAUCCAAAGAACUACCUUCCAUUGAAAAUAUCAUUAACGCCCAUCAUCUAGAAUAUCAAUCUGAUUGUGUCUGAUUUAACAGAAGAUCUAAAACUGAAAUUGUUACGUUUCAGUAAAUUGUGAACGUAUGUAUAAAUGGACGUGUAAUUUCGUUCUAUCGAAGAAUUCUUUUGCGAGAACGCUGUCUUGUAAGUGCCGUAUCACAUUUUAUUUUUAUUUUUAAAAUAAUUUCGUUACUUAAUUAAAUUGUGACGUUCCGUUUUUUUUUUUAUGUAAAUAUAAAACCAGUUAUUACCAUUGGUAUUAUUGUACCUAAUAUUAAUGUAACUAGAAUACUUGACAUAAAAUGAUCUGGAUAUCGUGGAUAUUGUUUCAAUCUGCUAAUGAAACUUACAGUGAACGAAUGCAUUAAGUAAAUGGAUAUUUAAUUUUCCAUGUAUGUGAAUAUAUUGAAUGUUUAUUCAUUGUAAAUUAGCGUUAACUUGCCUGUUCCGAAGGAGGACAAGCUGGGAGACUGUCAUAAUGACUCGACAAGUGAUAUUUGAGGUAAUUUCUUUAUUUUCCUUUGAUCAUAACAAACAUAUGAAUUAACUUGUUUAGUUGCCAUUUUAGUAUGAGAACUAGUCUAAUAGUCUUGUGAUUUAAAAAAAAAGUUUCUGAUUUUCAAAAACGAUAUAUAAAUGUGACGCUGAGUGAUAACCGAAGCUCCGAUUGAAAAAAAUAUCGGUAAUUACUCAUCAUUAUCCUGCCCUUCUUCCAGUUGCCUGGGGUCGGCGCGACCUUCCAUACUCUUCUAUCAUAUACCAUUUCUUCGCUCACUUCCCUCUUACCCAUAUCGUCUUUCACGCAAUCCAUCAAUUUCUUCGGUAAUUACUAAACCUGAAAAUUGAAACAAAUCGAUAUAACGUGCAGCAUUUUCAAUUCCACUUUUUUUUCAUCAUAAUAAAUAAAACAAUCUUUGUUUCAGUACAUUCCCAUAAUAUGUUACAAAGAUCUUACAGUUGAACUAUGUUUAACAAUAAUGUACUAUGUAAUUUUACAGACUAUACAUACGCGUUCAUUAAUUUUAGUCUGGUACAACACUGCGCUAAUCACGGGUUAAAUUGGAAUACCAGAACAACACUAUUGACCAAAUGUCGUUAUUUUGAUUUCCCGCCUAAACGACCAAAAUAUGGCGUCGAGAGCAUUUUAUUUAUACGAUACUCUUGAUUAGUUUUGUAUUUAUUUUGAGACACCAAUUUUCUCGAGAACGUAACGGAGGGUUAAAUCAAAUUUAAAUUAAUAACGCAUUCGUGUGUAGUGCUCUUAAAAAUAGUGGUUAUUUAAUAUAAAGUGAUUUACGCUUAAAUUUGAAAACUGGUAACUCAAUGUUUUUUUUUUUUGUUAGACGAUCUUUAUGAUAUAUUAAACCUUUUUUUAGGAUAUAAUUGGCAGUAGCCAAUUACGGAAUCGAACUAUUUUUUUAUUGUUUAAAUUUUCGGUUUUUGUGUAAGUAUAUAUUAUUUAAAGUAGAUUUAUUUUGCUUUCUCCUCGUGAUUUUAUAACGAAGAAAUGCGAUGUGAAUCUGAAAUUAACCCAAUUUGAACUUUAGUCUUAGAAAUUUUUGUUUAAAACGAAUUUGAGAAAUAAAUAAAUAAAAAGUACUAAAAUAAAUAUGUUGGUUGUUAAAUGUAAAAUUUUAUACUCAUUGCAUUUUAUCUUGCAUAAGGCUGAAACUGUUUUCAAAGAAUGCAGUUUAAAAAAAACGCAUGUCAUCUGAAGUUUCAAUCGUGGAUAAACCAUUGUCUUUGUUAUGUUGUUGUCGUCUUAAGAGAAUUGUUUUUUAAAAAUAAUUACCCUACAACUCAACAUAUGUGUAACGUAAAACUUUGUGUACACAAAAAAAGGAACAGAAAGCUAUUUAAUUUUAAAAAAAAAGUAAGCGUAGAUAAUUUUAAUUCGAAUUAGAAAAAAAAAAGCAACAUUGAGUUACCUCGAAUAAUAUCGUGUUGGGGAAUAGUGAAGCCUGUAUGUGUGUGCGCGAGUUGCAUGUGUGCGUCAACGCUUCACGUUGUACUUUAAUUCCAGUGAAUAGAAGAAUAGACUUUAUUUAGGAAAUGUUAAGGUACAAAUUUUAUCGUAGGGAGGAUCUGGCCAGUCGUAGUUGAACGAAUGAAUUGUAAAAAAUAAAUGUGUUAAAAUUGGUGUAGUUACGACAGGGACGCACCCGAAGCCUUCUAAAUGGUGUAAGAUUUUUUUUUUUAUCACUUACAUGCAAAUUGAUUACUUUUAUUAAGUAUGUAAUUGUUAUAAAUUAUAUUUAUCAUGACAUUAUAAGCAAAUUUAAAUACAACAUGUUUAAAAUGA